CGGUAUGUGGAGCCCUUGGGCGUGCUCAGGGAAAUGGUCAGCUUCUCCUUGGGGAGCUGUCGCUGCCUCCUGUAGCUGCUGUGUGGGCUCGAAUAGGAAGGCGGCCACCUUUGAGAGCAUCCCACAGCAGAGAUCAGAACUAUGGUGUGGAAGAAGUUACAGAGAAGAUCCAUACUUUAGCAAGUACAUUACAGGAUACCAACAGAAAUCUAAGACACGUUGACCAUUUGCUGGGACAGUACAGAGAAUAUAACAAGGAACAAACUGAAGCGAUAGCAACUUUAAAAGAAACACUGGAACAAUCUAUAGGUCAGUUAAGGAGCCAACGAUUAACCCGGACCUCUGAAAUGAGAAGUGCUUCUCUCUCAAGCUUAUAUCCUAGUGAUCUGGAUGGAGGAGGAGUGUCAGGGAACCGCCACUUCCUGCCUACUUCUCCUCUCAGGGAUUAUGGAGACUCACAGGGCAAUAAACAUCGAAGGUCUAGAUCUGCAAGCGUUCGGUUUGUCAGUGAGGCAGAUAAUUUGGACCAGCUGCAUUCUUUCCACCAAUCUCUUCGGGAUCUCAGCAGUGAACAAGUUCGCCUAGAAGAUGACAUCAGUCGAGAGUUUUCAAGAAGAAAUCGCACUGAAGCUGAAUUAAGAAAAACUGUAGAAGAAUUGUCUGAAAAGCUUACUGAGUCCCAAAGACAAGAAACGGUAUUGGAACGGGUAGAGAGAAGACUUCAAGAGAUAGAACAAGAAAUGCGUACUAAAAGACAGGUUGUAGAAAGACGCCAAGACCAACUGGGACAUAUGUCUCUUCAAUUGCAAGAGGCUUUAAGGAAGCAAGAUGCUAAAGCAGAUGAAACAGAAGAACACAUGAGAAAUAAACUUGUGAAAUAUGAAAGUGAAAAGAACCAACUUGAACAAAAAUUGGAACAGUCACAGAAAAAGUUGAAUGAAUCAGAAGGCAGAAGAGAAGCUCUUUUGCAUCAGAUGGAGGAUCUUCGUUCCCAACUUUUGAGAGCAGAAGAAGACCGUGUAGAGUUACAACAUCAAAUUUCGCACCGCUUGAGCUACCAGGAUGUACAAGAUAAUGACAGGAGAAUCAGAACAGUAGCUGAAAGAUAUGAGAGAGAGAAGCAGGAACUGGAGAAACAUAUUUUGGAUCUUAAAGCAAAGUUGAGUCAUAAUGCUGUAAUGUCAGAGGUAGAAGAACUAAAGAGAUGCAUUGAGCGUAAGGACAAGGAGAAAGCACAGCUUGUAAUGCACAUACAGGAAUUAACAUCUGACCUGGAAAACAGGGAGAAGCAGCAGGAAAAAAUUCUGGACCAGCUAAAGGAGAUACAGAGUUGCUAUAAGGCUUGUGAAGAUGGCCGUAGACAAACUGAACUCCAGUCUGCUGAGUUAGCUCAGCGGGUGGAAGAGAGUACCAAAGAAGCAGAACGGUACUUCACUGAAUUCAAGCAAGCAGAGGCACUCAGGCUGGAGGCUGAGAAAAAAAGAGAAGAUCUGAAAGUGAGAGCACAGGAAACUAUCCGCCAAUGGAAGUUGAAAUAUAAGAAACUGGAUCAUGAGGUGGAAAAACAAAAUGAAACCAUCAACCAACUGAUGGACAAGAACAGUCAGGCCCUCAAGGAAAAGGAUGACCUCAGAAGUCAACUUCUCUCUGCUAUACACCAAAUAGAAAACCUUCGGAAAGAGCUGAAUGAUGUGCUUACAAAGAGAGCCCACCAGGAAGAACUCCUCCACUGCAAAGAGGCAGAACUGAAUGAAAUCAAGUCUCACCAGGUAUCGCUUGAAGAAGAGAUGAAAGAGGUUCAAGGUACUGUAAAUAAACUGGAGAAUGAGUUGAAAAAGCAAGUCUUACUACAAAAUCAAAUACAAGCUGAAAAAGAGCACUUGGAGACAGAACUUGCAACUAGUAACUUGAUCCGUAAAAAAGACCAAGAAAGACUCUUAGAAGUGCAAGCAGAUGUAACAAACCUAAGCUCUGUACGUGUGGAACUAACAAAUAGAAUAGCAGAAGAGGAGAAAGUCAGAAAGGAAUUACAUAAGAGCCUCUCAGAUCUCCAGAAACAGCAGGAAUCUAAGCAUGAAGAGGUGACUUCAGCUAACAGGCAGCUGAAGAUGGAAAGAGAAGUUCACCAACAGGAGUUGGCAGAUCUUCAAUCAGAAUUACAAAAUGCUAAAAUCAAACAUGAACGAAACAUUCAAGAGCUCACAAAACUCCUUAAACAAGAAAAGGGUGAUGCAGAGGCUCAGAUUAGAAUGCUAAAGAUGGAGCUUUUAGAAGAGAAGAACAUAGUGAAAGCUCAGUGUCAGCAACUAGAGAAGAUAAAAUUUGAGUGUGAUAAAUUGACAGAAGAAUUAACCCAAAAUGAAGAAGAAAAUAUAAAACUCAGGCGGAAAUGUGAAUUUAUAAAACAGGAACUGGAGAAAAAGAAUAAACAGAUCAGCAAUGAAGAAGAUCAUUUGAGGAGGAUGGAUGAGGCUAGACUGCAGUUUAAGGAUCAGCUGCAUCACCUAGAAAUGGAACGGGAAUCUAUUCUCACCAUGAUAGGAAGUGAAAUUGAUGUUGCAUGUGAAAUUUUUUCUCGGGACUCCAUGGAGAAAUUAAAAGCAGUAUCACUUACACCAACAGUUCUGAAUGAUCCUCAUCGCUGGUUAGCAGAAACAAAGACUAAGCUUCAGUGGCUGUGUGAGGAGGUAAAGGAGAGAGAAAGGAAGGAAAAAAAGCUGCGAUGCUACUUACGACAGAGCCGAGAACAGCUCAAGCACUUUACACAGGUCAAGGAGGCUGAGCAUCAGUCUCUUUUUAAACAGAUACAAAAGCAAGAAAAACUUUUGGAAGAAGUUCACAGAGAAAAAAGAGAAGUGGAUGAAGGUUAA